CGUCAGCGGCCGGCUCGGUGCGGCGGCGGGCGCCUAUAAAGGCGGUGGCGGCGGCGGGUCCGCCCCCCGCGCUCCCGGUGCCGCUCUGCUCCGGUGCCGCUCCGCUCCCGGCCCCUGCCCGCUCCCGUCCCGCUCCGCUCCGGCCCGGCUGCACCAUGAGGGAGAUCGUCCACAUCCAGGCGGGGCAAUGCGGCAACCAGAUCGGCGCCAAGUUCUGGGAGGUGAUCAGCGAUGAACAUGGCAUCGACCCCAGUGGCAACUACGUGGGGGACUCGGACCUGCAGCUCGAGCGCAUCAGCGUCUACUACAAUGAGGCCUCUUCUCACAAGUAUGUGCCUCGUGCCAUCCUGGUGGACCUGGAGCCAGGGACGAUGGACAGCGUGCGCUCAGGUGCCUUUGGCCACCUCUUCCGCCCAGACAACUUCAUCUUUGGGCAGAGCGGUGCCGGGAACAACUGGGCAAAGGGGCACUACACGGAGGGGGCCGAGCUCGUGGACUCCGUGCUGGAUGUGGUGCGGAAGGAGUGCGAGAACUGCGACUGCCUGCAGGGCUUCCAGCUGACCCACUCGCUGGGUGGGGGCACAGGCUCGGGCAUGGGCACCCUGCUCAUCAGCAAGGUGCGGGAGGAGUACCCCGACCGCAUCAUGAACACCUUCAGCGUGGUGCCGUCCCCCAAGGUGUCGGACACGGUGGUGGAGCCCUACAAUGCCACGCUCUCCAUCCACCAGCUGGUGGAGAACACGGAUGAGACCUACUGCAUCGACAAUGAGGCGCUCUACGACAUCUGCUUCCGCACCCUCAAACUGGCCACCCCCACCUAUGGUGACCUGAACCACCUCGUUUCAGCUACCAUGAGCGGUGUCACCACCUCCCUGCGCUUCCCUGGCCAGCUCAACGCUGACCUCCGCAAGCUGGCUGUCAACAUGGUGCCCUUCCCGCGUCUCCACUUCUUCAUGCCGGGCUUCGCCCCUCUGACAGCACGCGGCAGCCAGCAGUACCGUGCCCUCACCGUGCCCGAGCUCACCCAGCAGAUGUUCGAUGCCAAGAACAUGAUGGCUGCCUGCGACCCCCGCCAUGGCCGCUACCUCACCGUGGCCACUGUCUUCCGUGGCCGCAUGUCCAUGAAGGAGGUGGACGAGCAGAUGCUGGCCAUCCAGAGCAAGAACAGCUCCUACUUUGUAGAGUGGAUCCCCAACAAUGUCAAGGUGGCUGUGUGCGACAUCCCACCGCGGGGGCUGAAGAUGUCCUCCACCUUCAUCGGGAACAGCACAGCCAUCCAGGAGCUCUUCAAGCGCAUCUCAGAGCAGUUCACAGCCAUGUUCCGCCGCAAAGCCUUCCUACACUGGUACACAGGUGAGGGCAUGGACGAGAUGGAGUUCACCGAGGCCGAGAGCAACAUGAAUGACCUGGUGUCUGAGUACCAGCAGUACCAGGAUGCCACAGCUGAGGAGGAGGGAGAGAUGUAUGAGGACGACGAGGAGGAGUCGGAGGCACAGGGUGCCAAGUGAUGCCUGAUGCCACCCCCCGACGCUGCCCGCGGCCCCCCUGGCUUCGCGCUGCUGCACCCCCCGGGUGGUGCCCCCCCUGCCGUCCCCUCAGUGUGUCCUGCCUCCCUGCCCCCCUGAGCCAGCUCGGCUCCCCACCCCUCCGUCCCACCUCCCCCUCUUUUCGUUUUUUACUGGUUCGUGUCUAUUAUUUUUUUUGAAUACUUAAUAAAUUUAUUGCUGUCCAGGUA